AUGGUCUACUAUCUUCGCUUUCUGAAGACUCCCCGGCUCCAGAACCACAAGGCCGGCUCGACCACCGUUUCCGCCCUGGUCUGCAUCACCACAGACCUGGGGGAUGCUUUCCUAGCCCAAGAUGUGGAUCUACUAGUCUCCCUGAGCGUCGCCCAGACCGACCAAGUCCUCUAUCAGGAGCCAUUGCAAUGGAAAGCGGGCAAGCGGGAACUUCCCAUAUCCCUGGGACCAUUCCCAGCACGUAUCUCCCAGCAGACAAUGGUUCUCAGUGUGGCCACGCCGGACUCUCGCAAGCCCGGCCCGCCCACGCCAAACCGCCUCCUAGGGAAGCCGGGCGUCCCUCUCGUCCUGUCCGGCUGGAGCGCCCCCUUCGGUGGUUCAGAAUCACCCGUCGCCGAGAAACUGGUCGAGCGGCGGUUUGGACCGGUUGAGGCGUUGGAUCUACGGAUCUGGGAAGAGACCGGCAACAGCAUUGCUCGGCAUAUUUGGGAUGCAGCUCUGGCAUCGGUGAUGUAUCUCCAGCAAAUCAUCGCUGGACACCGCGUAGAGACUGCGCCGGCAUUGCAGAAUCUCCUACUGCGCGCACCCACAAAACCAGUUCGUGCUGUUGAGUUGGGAUCUGGAUGCGGCAUUGUGGGCAUAGCACUGGCAGAGCUUCUACCUCAAUGCUCUGUGCUCCUGACAGACCUCCCAGAAGUCGAGGAGAUUGUAACUCAGAACAUAACCACUGCUAAGCCAGCGUCCGAAUCUACUGUCGAGUUUCAAACACUCGACUGGGACGAGGAGCUCCCAGAGAACCUCUCCGAUGGCUCAGUUGAUCUGAUUCUCGUAUCAGACUGCACAUACAACGCCGACAGUCUGCCCGCCCUAGUUUUAGUGUUGGACCGACUCGUGCAGAGGUCACCGGCUGCCAUCAUCUUGGUGGCGCUGAAAAGACGGCACGAGAGCGAGACGGUCUUUUUUGAGCUCAUGGAGUCUGCUCGACUGUCAAAAAUCCACCAAGAUAACAUCGAGCUUCCUUCGCAACAUGAUCAGUCGGAUGAAAUUGAGUUGCAUUGCUUUGGGCGACAAAGCCACUAG